AUGAUCAGAAUUGCCAGCACUGGUACGUCUAGAGCACACAUCUCACACGAACCACGGAUGUACAUGAAUCAAUCAAAGUCAAAACCCGACUCCAUGCAGUUUAAAAACACCAAGCAGAUAUGUGACGGCUUAAGGCUCAUUUUGGGUAUGCCAGAGAUGUGUGACGUUAAAUUUUUAGUGGGAGAAAAUCAGACGCCGGUGUACGCUGUAAAAGCCAUACUGGCUACAAGAAGCAGAAUCUUUUACAAUAUGAUACGGUCGCACAAGUACAUUACUGACGCCAAGGCUUCAAUUCCUGCUAAAAAGGCGAAGGGGUUUGUGGCCAAAUUACGACGGCUAACCAAGAGAGGGUUGGAGCCAUUGAAGAAGUCUUCUAAGAAAAGCACUGCUUCUCCAAUAGAACCGUCCACUCUCGUCAUCCCUAUUACCGACUUCGAGCUUGACAUUUUCCAAAGAGUAAUUCUUUAUAUGCACAGCGGGAGCGUCAAUGUGGACGUGUCGUCAGUGAUCGGCGUCAUGACGGCAGCCGACGUCUACGGUAUUUCCAACCUCAGGAAAGCUUGCUUGCAGCUCGCAGCCCGCUUCAUUACCAUGAAAACAGUUCUUCAGCUGCUCGCUUCAUCGGAACCUUACAUGAGCUUCAGAUGCAUCACAAGUCUCCUGAACAAAAUCCUGGCGUUCAUAGCGGCGAGAGCAGACGACAUUUUAGUGCAGCCGGACUUCGAACAUCUGCCAAAGGCCGCAGUGAAGGCCGUCUUAUUCCGGCCCGAUCUUCAGACCACGGAGGAAAGGAAAUGGGAUGCUGCUGUUCAAUGGAGUCGACAACACUGCAACUUAAAGGAAAUCUCCGUGUUUCGCGAAACCAUAGGAACAUUUGUCCCCCAUAUAAACUUUGUGAAGAUCAGCUGGUCGAAACUCAACCGGGAAAUUCUUCCGAUGAAUAUCUUACCGGAAGAAGAAUUGUCACGCGUCAUGAUCACGUGCUGUCCACCCCCGAAGCCCCCUCGUCAAAGGCGGAGUCUCUGA